UGCUUUUUUAGGUGCAGGAAAACCUCCUAUGUAUGGAGACUAUGAAGCUCAGAGACAUUGGCAAGAAGUUACUUAUAAUCUACCUAUCAAGCAUUGGUACUUCAAUACCAGUGACAAUAAUCUGCAAUACUGGGGCCUUGAUUAUCCACCUCUUACUGCUUAUCACAGUCUCGUAUGUGCUUAUGUUGCAAAGUUAAUAAAUCCCGAUUGGAUUGCUCUCCACACAUCCCAUGGGUAUGAGAGUCAGCCACACAAGUUAUUCAUGCGCGCAACAGUUCUUAUUGCUGAUUUGCUGGUUUACAUACCUGCAGUUGUCUUGUAUUGCUGUUGUUUAAAAGAAACAUCAACUAAAAAAAAGAUUGCCACUGCUCUCUGUAUAUUGCUUUAUCCUGGCCUCAUUCUCAUUGACUAUGGACACUUUCAAUAUAACUCUGUGAGCCUAGGCUUUGCUUUGUGGGGUGUACUUUGUCUCUCUCAUGAUUGGGACCUGUUAGGAUCACUGGCAUUUUGCUUGGCUAUAAAUUAUAAACAAAUGGAACUCUACCAUUCACUGCCAUUCUUUUGCUACCUUCUUGGAAAAUGCUUCCAAAAAGGCCUUACAGGAAAGGGGUUAGUGUUGUUAGUUAAAAUAGCAUUUACAGUAGUUGCUUCUUUUGUGAUUUGCUGGCUCCCGUUCUGCACAGAAGUGGAACAAAUCCUGCAAGUACUCAGAAGACUUUUUCCCAUUGAUCGAGGCUUGUUUGAGGAUAAAGUAGCCAAUAUUUGGUGCAGUAUGAGUGUCCUUGUAAAGAUAAAGAAUGUGCUGUCACAUCAAACCCAACUUAAACUCAGCUUUGCUUUUACAUUUCUGAGCCUACUUCCGGCUUGUAUAAAACUAACCCUCCAGCCCACUCUCCGAGGAUUUAAAUUUGCUCUGGCUAGUUGUGCAUUGUCAUUCUUCCUGUUCUCCUUCCAAGUACAUGAAAAAUCCAUUCUUCUAGUAUCUAUACCAGUCUGUUUAAUUAUACAUGAAAUUCCUUUUAUGUCUACGUGGUUUUUACUUGUCUCAACCUUCAGCUUGCUGCCCCUUCUAUUGAAGGAUGGCUUGCUUCUAGCCUAUGUAGUGACAACACUGGCAUUCCUUACAGUGUGUGUGGCUUCUUUUUCAAUAUUUGAAAAGAUGUCAGAAGAAGACCUACAGCUGAAAUCACUUUCCCUUUCUAUUAGAGGAUACAUUCCUUCAUUUAAGGCAUUCCCAAAGAUUAUUAAGAGUCUGUUUAUCGUCUCAAUAACUCUUAUGGGCUUCCUCACUUUAAUGAGUGCAACACUGACUCCUCCACAGAAGCUACCAGAUUUAUUUCCUGUAUCUGUGUCUGUUGUUUCCUGCUUACAUUUCUUAUUCUUCUUGAUGUAUUUUAAUGCUGUUGUACUGUGGGACUCAAGAAAUGGUAGAAAUCAGAAGAAAAUCAGUUAACUUUUAACCUGUGAAGACUCAAGACUAAACUGUAAAGAGACAUUUUCAGUGAAAAUAUCAAUUACAACAGCAUCUCUAAAUCACUGAUUUCCUACAUUUAAACACAAAGGAUAAAUUAAGGACUCUUACUUUGAUGAAGAGUAUUUGACAUUUAACUCGACUUUUACAAUGUUUAACAAUGGAAGCUAAUUUUGAGAUUAUUCUAUUAAGUUUCAGAUUUAACAUCUCACUGAGAUAAAUUGAGCCAGUUUAUACUUCUCAGUUAUUACAGACAGUCAGCAGAUGCAGGAAGACAAAACUGCCUAAGUUUACAAUGUUCACCUUUGCUAAGUUCCUGUUCAUGUGAUUAAUGCUUCUAGGAUUUUAAACGUUGUAUGUAAGCAAAAUGUUUACUAGAAAUGGAAGCUGACAUACUAUAGCACACUUCGGGAGCAAGGAGUGAGUGGAUUCUGCAGCAAGAACUAUUGAUGUGGAAUAACUUCCAGCCUGAGCUACUUGCUUAACUUUUUUUUCUGAAUGGCAUGCUGCAUAGUACAGAAGCAGCUCGGAGUAUGCAAACUAAUUAAUUAGUACAAAAGCAGAGAACCAAAAUAGGAGGGCUGAAUGGGGAAAAGGAGCGCUGGAGCUGGUAUCAGAGAUCGAUACAGCCUAAAAGCUGAAAUUGGAUUGGACAUAUUUGAAAGAAUAAGCCCUCUGAGCAAAAUAUACCAUCUGCCAUUGAUAUUAAAAUAUUCUAGAGCCGUCUCUGGUGUGUAGCAUAAGGCAUGAAUUUAAGUAUGUUGUUCUAUGAACUUACUUCCACAUGUAUGAAUUAAAAGCAUCUACCCAAUGAGUUUACAUGUCAAUUAAAAAAAGAACAUUUA